AUGACAGAUGACAUAUUUUUGGGAUUGACUUCUGUCCAACAAUUUGAUGCAAAAUUGAAACUAUUUAACCAGAAACGACAUUCCAUGAGUCAAAUUAGUACUGCUCACAAUUCCACAUUAAAAAGUCUCAAAUCGACAAUUGGUGAUGGAAUGCCAAUGGUUUCAUUUCUGGAUACUUUUGUUGAGAGAGUCCAUUAUCUGGUAACUCGUUGUAAUGAGUUGUCCGAUAGAAAUGAAUGUGUUCGCAUAGCUUUGGAAUUAGGCAUAUCCUUCUAUAAGGUUUAAAGUCUUGGUUCUCAAUAGGAGCGAGAGGAUUUCAUAAUAAAACAGCUCUAAAAUUAAGUGGUUGAAUAAUUGAGAUAAUGGAAAAUCAAAAUGGAGUAAAGAGAACUUCAACGCACUAAAACUAAAGUGAUUCAUGAAAAUGAAAAUAAUCUAAACAUAUUCAAUUGGGUUGAAAUACACACUAAAUUUAGAAGUCUCAAGAAGAAACUCAAAUUUGCAUUGAUUGAAAUUCUGAAUUCCAAGGAAAAUACCAAGAAAAUAUAUUCGUCUGAUAAUGUUACCAACAUAGCCUAUAAAAAACCUGAUAUGCAAUCCAUUAUUGAUGAAUUAAACAAUUUAUUACACAAAGUCAAGAAACUAACCAAAGUGACCACAAACAUCUAAUGGUCUAAUGAAAAAGAAACCGAUUUCAAAGUAAAAAGGAACUCAGCAAAGCAUAGAUUGGGUAUGUUGGUUAAUAGCAAUUCAUUUAAUACUAUUGGAAUGGGCGAGUACAUAAUAACUCAUGACAAAGACAAAUAGGAUCAAUAAAGAAGAGAAGAACUCCUGCUUAAGUACGAUACUCAAUAAGCCAUGACGGAAGAAGAGUUGUUGUAUUUGGUCAACACCAGCAAUCUCUUGAAUAAGUGUUCGAAUAAAAAAUUGCUAUAAACAGUAAUCAAUUAAUUGGACUCAGAUGUGAUUAGUGAUAUCGAAUUGACAAUUGCUGAGAACAUCUUAAAUCAAUACUAUAGAAUAUCCAAGGAAAUGAAUUAGAGUAGACAUCUCUACUUAAAAGUUAAUCAAAAGGCAAAGGAGAAGGAGAAAUCAGAAAUUAACAUUCAGCAAACCAAUAAAGCGGAUAUUAAGAAAUUAAAAUUCAAAUUUCUGAAAAUGCUCAGAGAAAUGAAGGAGGACAGAAAAGACACUUUGAAGGAAAACACUGAUAAAUAUAAGAUCUUCUAUUAAGAAUAUAGAAGAGGCAAUCCUAUUGCAAAUCCUCUGGUUUGGAAAUUCAAAGAUAUUAUGAUGUCCAUACUAGAAAGAAAAAAAAGAGAAAAGAGAGAGAAGAAAUUAGCUACUACCAGUGAUACAAAUAAACCCAUCUUCCCAUCUAAAACAGAAAGUCUAACACUCAAAGUAGUCAUGAGAAAAACACAUCCCAGUUCUAAAGUAAUAAUUAAAUCUUAGCCUGAUUUGCACACUAAUCAAUCUAAUCCAACUAAAGUAUAGGAUUACAUACUCAAAUUGAAAAAGAAGGAUUAUGAAAAGAACAAACAGAAUUUCUCUUAAUUUUAUUCAGGAGGACCUGUUCGACAAAGACCCUAUGCACAUCAAUCACUUACUAUUGAAGAAAGUGAUACUACAUUACCUUAUGGUAACAAGUGGAUCACUCCUGAAAUUGAAUUGGCUGCAGCUAAUAAAAUUAAGAAAGCAUUCAAAGCCUAUAUCUCCAAGAAAAGAUUUGAAAGAGCUGUUUCCCAAAAGAAAUUUCUAACUCCUCAGCCAGCUAAGUUCUAUAGACUGGUCUAGAAACUGAAUGAGAAAAGAAAAUAAAUUGAUGUUGAAGAAUGCUAUAAAAGUCUAAAGGUUGCUUUGCAACAUUAGUAAUAUAGAAAGAAAACAAUAAAAAAGCCACAGAUUGAUUAUUCAAAAGUGGUCAUUCCAAAAACUAUGAUAUAAUUGAAAUUGAAAUAAAGGAAAUUGUUUUUGGCUUUGAAAGUCAACAACACAUUAUGGAUGGAUCAUUCAGGAUUCAUAUUUGAAGCAAGUGAUGUGAAUUGCUAUGAUGUUGACAUGUACUGUCCUUUGUAUUAUGCUGCCAAAUAACAAAGUGUUCUAUUCUGCAAUUUUCUACUCAUUAAUGGUGCUGAUGUCAAUAUGCCAUGCAAAGAUGGAGAGACUCCCACUUUUGCUGCUUUUGCAUCAGGCAACAUUGUGAUCAUCAAUCUAUUUGUUUCCAAUGGAGCAGAUAUUGAUAAAUUGAAUAAUGAAGGAAAAACACCUAUAUGUUACUGCUCCAUUGAAUUGCUGAAGGAACUCAAUUUGCAAUAUCGACCUUGUGUGAUUAAAUGA